AAGUGGCGGCGGGCCCAGGCGGAAGCAGGAAGCGGCGGAGCGGGCCCACGCUGGGUGGUGGUUGCUCGGGGACAUGGCGGAGAAGUUCGACCACCUGGAGGAGCACCUGGAGAAGUUCGUGGAGAACAUCCGGCAGCUCGGCAUCAUCGUCAGUGACUUCCAGCCCAGCAGCCAGGCCGGGCUCAACCAGAAGCUGAAUUUUAUUGUUACUGGCUUACAGGAUAUUGAUAAGUGCAGACAGCAGCUUCAUGACAUUACUGUGCCUUUAGAAGUGUUUGAAUAUAUAGAUCAAGGACGAAACCCCCAACUCUACACCAAAGAGUGCCUGGAGAGGGCUCUGGCCAAAAAUGAACAAGUCAAAGGCAAGAUCGACACAAUGAAGAAAUUUAAAAGUCUGUUGAUUCAAGAACUUUCUAAAGUAUUUCCUGAAGACAUGGCUAAGUAUCGAAGCAUCCGAGGGGAGGACCACCCCCCUUCCUAACUUCGUCGUCCUGCUGCCUGAAGACCGUCCUGGUCUAGUGUGAGUCACCGUGACCUUCAGGCAGGCUGUGACUGACAGUGGCAUCCACGUCCUGUCCUCCAGCCAUCCUGCUCUUGUCCUUGGCCUUGGGGGACGGUAGGGGUGGGGCCUGGAGGGCUUGCAGGGCUGUGCUUCAGCUGUCCCUCUGUCCCUGACGUGCGUCUUUUGGGUCCGCAAGUUCUCACACGGCCCGGGCCACACGUCUUCGAGUGCGAUGCAUUUGAUUCUCCCUAGCAGAGUGGUCUUGGGAAUAUUAACUGUGCUAGGUACAUGAAGUUUUAAAAAAUUCCUAGUGGUUUUGUUUUUAUGUACUGUUUCUUUUCCAUUUUAUUAUAGUGUUGAGAAAGCUAAAAAAAAUUGGUUUAAUCUGAGAAGUACUUUAAGUUGGUAUUUUGUAUUUUCAAGUACAUAAAGAAAGUGUUCAGUGUAACUGUUUAUGUGGGCUUCAGUUGGACGUAAGCGUGUAAUAAAGCCUUUAAGUAUUUAUGUGA